AUGCCAACGGGCAGCAUCUCCGCGACAGCAUGCCUCCGCUUCUACGCAGGCCUCGCCGACGACGCCUUGACAUCGCCGUCGAUAUCCGCGUCGACCCCUUUUGACUGGGAGGCUGCAAAGUCGUACAGACCGCCACCAUAUGCCACGCCUCUCGCGAACAGGCGCGUUCGGGGCCUGCGGCAGAGCGAUGUUGGCACGCCUGCCACCAGAUCACCGGGAUUUGGCACGCCCAAUGCGAGGAGAGAAAGAGUUGUGCGGAAGAAAAACAUUGUUGAAAGAAUAACCUCUAUCCCCUCGUGGAUUGCUUUCGAGAUAUCGCUGUUUCCCGACAACAUUCCAAGACCCAAGCCAAAAACAUCUGCCCAACUCAUAGGCGGCUUCCUACACUUCGUCCACUUCUGCGUGCGCGUAUCGCGCAUACGGGAGGUCCCUGACUCCGAUCUCGGCUGGGAAGACAUGUACAGGGAAGGCGAAGGGGAUCCGUGGUUCGACUGGACCGUCCCUGCGAGUAUACUGCUCUUCGCUGCCGCCAUCCUGAACACGUUGUAUUUCUUCACGCGCACAAGACUGUACCAACUCACGUUAGCCACUGAUCCCGUAUCAUCUCCGCAUGCCACCUUCGUAUCCCGCCCGCGGACAGUGCGAACCCCGUCCGAAACCGACGUUGAAAAGCAACCCAGCCGUGUGGGUCCUUUGGUGUGGGCUGUGCUAGGGCAUCUAUGGCGUGGCUUCGUCAUCUCAAUACGGUUCUUGCUCAACCUCAGCCCUCCGAAGGACCGUCAGAAGAUUAUCAGUGGGUCAGACGACAAUGAACGGAUCCAGCAGCUGGAAGUGUGGGCGCCGACCCCUCUUGAAAGCAACCUAUUUGCCAUCUACUCUCCUGUGCAUGCUCUGCUCUGGACCGCCUGGACGAGUGCGAACUGGAUGCUGAUAUUCUGCAUUAUGGCUGCAGUCAGUGUGCAACUGAACAUGACGACGAGGGCAUACGAGGCAUUGAUCAAGGAUAAGGCGAUCAUCGCGGCGGAGGUCUUGCAUGAAUACGACGAGAAGUUCGUUUAUCCGCGCGUCAAUCCUAUCCGUAAGGAUGCUGCAGUUAUGACCCAUGAGUCGGAGGUUGUCGAUGUUUGGGAAGACAGACCAAGGGGCCGCCGCUGAUCCAUUUGCUAUUGUACUCACCCUGGACCAUUGCAUGCACAUCUGCCACUGUAUUCUGCGAUACACUGCGCCGCGUUUUCGUUGUCUAGCAUUCAUUAUCAUUAGAGGUUUAGCACUCGAGGAACAGACUGGUCAAUUUAAUCUAUCGUGCGCAUACCGUGCUGCAGUGGGUGGCUGGAGG